AUGAGCAUAGUUUGCCAAUAAUAUAUGAUUCAUUCAAAUCAUAGUUCUAUUCCUUCUAAUAGAAAUAAUCUAGGUUCUUUUCAAAGAAUUAAUUCUCCUGGACUUCCAAAUUCUUCAUUGAGAAGUAGUUGUAGAGGAGAUAAAAAGAAAUUAGAAAUUGGAUUAAUUACAGAUCGAAAACUAAGUGAAAGUCCUAAAUUAAAUAAUUUAAUUUCUACUGAAAACUUUAGGAAUCUUAAAAGAAAUGAUAGCAUUGUUGAAACUCCAUAACCUUAAGUAUAACCACCUUAAAUGGAAUUUCUUCUAAAAAAAAAUUAUAAGAUGAUCGAAAAGCUUGAAUCAGAUAAACUUUGCUUAAAAAUUUAUAUGUCAGAGGAAAACAAAAAUUAAAUCAUGUUUACAGGAAUCAGUAAAGAGAAAAUGGCUUCUGAAUAAAAUAAAAAAGACAUAUUAUAAAAUUUAUAACAACUAUUCGAAUUAGGAAUUGAGAGAUAAAACUAAUAUAUCAAAUUAGAAUCUUUAGAAAAGCAUUUGAAUUUAGAUAGCCAAUAGUUUUAUGGAAUCAAUACUAAAAAAUUAUACAAUUCAAGCAAAAGAAUAGCAACUUAAACAAAUGAUACUAAAACCAUAUUUGAUCGAUCCUUAUCAAUUUCUACUAUAAAAGAUUCUAAAUCUAAUAUAUCUAAUAAAAUAAAAAAUGAUAUUGAAUUAAUAGAAUAGGGAAUUGCAAAAUACAAAAUGUAAUCUAAAACUAAAUCAAAAUAAAAGUAGCCUUUUGGAUAACAUAAUUAUACUAAUACAAUAAAAUCUAAAAAUUCUUUUUGUAAAAGUCCCUUAUUGAAGGAUGUUACAUCACCUACUUGCAAAUCUUAAAGAAAAAAUGAUUUAACAGUUGGUAAUAAAGGAAAAUUUAAUACCAAAUCUAUGCAUGCUUGACC